AUGGUCGCUCUCAGUCUACCUUCCACAUCUGCAAAAACACUCGACGGCAUUUCCAACAGCAACCAUCUCAACGGCCCACGCUUCGGCUCGCCGCUCUCGAACAGCUCUCCGCUCAGAUCUUCGCCUCUGCAAACUCGAAGCUCACCCGUGCGCAACCGGUCACCCUUGCGACGAGCAUUGGAUCCUCGCAGCGAUGACUUUGCUUCGUCCUCGGACGAGUCGGACGCUUCCGACGUGGUCUUUUUCGGCAAACCAUCGUCAGCGGAAAAGAAGAAGCGCAUCCACUACGAGCAGCGCGUCCUCGAAAAGCGUCUCAAGCACAAGGACAGUCUCGAUCUUGCGAGAAGACGACCGAUUAGCUUUAACCCGGAUGAUACUAUGCUCUUCGACGAUCAACGUACAAACAGCUGGGCGUGGUCCCAGCCGACCCCUACAUCUAGGAACUCCACCAACACCAUCUUGUCCUCACCGAUCAAGGACCCCGCUUUUCCUAGCUCUCCCAGUGGCAGCGAUUGUCAUGUUCGCACUUCGUCACCCGUCGCUCUCACUACGCCAACCGAAGCCAAACAGCUCGUAGAAGAGGAAAGCGUACCUAGUCCAGGACGAUCAGGCUCACCUGGUCAAUCUGCACCUCGAAAUUUCACCGAGAGAGACAAUGAACAAUGUGACUUGCCUCACUCACCUCAGAAAGACAGUCUGGACUCUCCCUCACGAUCGCAAGGAGCGCUCGCGGCUAAGCAGCUGAACGAUGUCAACCCGUUCCAAGCGGCUCAAACCAGUCUCAGUAGCGCUCCGGCAGCGAAAACCAGUCCUUCGAAGGAACAGAUGAAUUCGACACAUCGUACACAGAGCCCGGUCCGCUCUGUCGAAACGCUCAUUGGAGCUACGAUGGCCCAGAACAAGGAGUAUCACUCUCCUAUGCGAUCACCUAGGCGCUCACCCAGGUUGUCGCUUCGAGCGCUCCAGCUUUCUACCUCUCCGACAAAGGUCGGCUCAGUUGGGCUUCUGUCUGGUUUAUCAACACCUUUCCAGCAGCCGGUCGCUAAGCAACAGACCGCGCCCCAACAGCACUCGACUCCCUUCCGGCAAUCCGCUUCUGCUCUACUCAUUCCGCCGAGCACCGGUCUUUCUCGCUUUGCUUGCUUGCAGAAUCUCUCGCCGAUCAAUGCAAGAGUGCCAGAAACUCCGGCAAACAGGGCUCUUUCGAUUCGAUUGGCCCAUCACUCGAUAUUGCCAUCGCCUUUCAUAUCCAGCGCCGUUCUUGAACCUCACACGGUAGCACCAUCAGGAUCACCAUCACGCGGCAUGCGAACUGCGAGUCCUGCGAAGCACGUUGCAUCGCCUCAAAAGCAUGACAGCGGCCCCGUCGAGCCACUCUUCCCGCUUCCAAGUAGCUCUCGUGAAAAUGCGCCCGUCAAGGGGGCUGCGACGCUCGCCACGCCAUCCGUUAGGUUCGCAAUACCGGAAGCGUCCGAGACGCCGAGCAAGGCAGGCUGGCUUGGCAACGUCAGUUCUUUGGCGAUCCGAACGCCUUCCCCAAGCAAAGCGCCUACCGCAGUUGAAGAGUCGAGGUCGAUCGAGCGAGCGUCCCCGGUGUCUCAGAGACCGACGUCGCCGAUGCGUCACGUCAGUCAUGCAGCAGCACUUUCACCCUCGACACCCCCGGCGACCGUAGCAAACGCCAAGCCAGAGACGCCAGUUCCAGUCUUCAGACAAACGGCCCGUCGCGUACCCAUCCAUCAGCACGAAGCCGACUUUGGUGUCAAGGUCUCGCCAGAGAAGCCCUCCUAUUCGCCACGCAGGGUCUACUCCAACAGCUCGGCUAGGAACACUGAGUUCGCCGUUAAGCACGAGCGAAUACCAGCUCGCCGUGUCCAAGUGCACGGAGCAGCUGCGGCCCGACAGAUCUCAACUAAGCAGGGCGAAGGAACUGCGCCUGCUACAAUGAGAGUUGCCAGCGUGGCGUCCAAAGCGGCGCGAGCGGUGAGCAGCGGUACCAGCAGAAUCGGCAGCCAAGGCGCGACCCUACCUGCCGCAGCUUUGGCGCGAGCACCAUCCUCAUCAUUGCCACCAUCUUUCUCCUCAUCUGCUCCUCGAGCCGCACUCUCGCAGCCUGCAGCGAGGGCUGUACCUUCGAUGCAGGGAUCCUCUGUCGCGUCCAAGGCUUCUCGGCAACGACUCGCUUCAGCAGCUCUUGCAGCCAGGCCCAAUUCGCCAUCCAGGCAAGCAAGACCGGUCAGCGGACUUCCACGACCAAGAUCUGCACAGGCAGCGGGCAUGCCAGCGUCUACUUCAGGCCCCGGAUCUCGUCUUCCCCGUCCCGCAAGCACGGGCCCCUCGGCAAGCACGGCAAAGGCCACGUCAAGGCCACUCCCCAUGGCCAUCGCCCGACUUGCGCCUUCGCAGCAAGGCACUCACCGCGCACCGGCUGCCUCCUCAGCUCCACGAACGCAAGGCGCGUCGUCACCUUCAGAGUCGAGCCCUGUAGAUUCCUCGCCUGUAUCAGGGGCCUGGACGCUGUCCGAGGACAACGGCUUGCAAGCUACUCAGGUGGUGGAGGAUUCGAGCGAGGUCGAUAGACCGGCCUCGGAUGCAAAUUGUGUUUCACCCAGCAUCUCCGCCACAGCACAGGCCAAACAUGCGACGGAACCUAUUGAGAGCUCCGAUCUUCGCAGACAAGCAUCAGCAUCGUCUCUCCGAGGCUUGCGAGAAGCGCACGCCAACACGCAACCUGGACCUGCAGCUCAAACUCAUCAAGUCAAGACAGCGAGGAUGAUCAGUCCGACAUCGGACGCGAUCGCCGUCCGUUCCUCCAGUCCUAUCAAGUCUACAACUACCCCGUGGCCGCCGUCGUCGGCACGAUCGGCUCCUCCCGUUGUCCUCGACCCCGAACAGCAGCGGUUGCGCUGUCUGGCGAUGCAAGAGAAAGCCCGGAACCGUACGCCCAAAGGUGCCUCGAGCACAGGUGUGUCUGCGAGCUCCGAAAUGGAGGAGAUUGUCAAUAGUGAGGAUAACGCAAGCGGAAGCUCGCCGAUUCCCGCCACAAUCGAGCCCGCUUUCAACGCCGGCCCUGCUUUCACUGCUGCCGAGGCUCUAGCAGCAAAGCAUGCUGAGGCUGUAGAUGCUGUACAAGCUCCAAGCGCUGGUGUUAAUGCUACCGCAAACACGCCAAGCAGCUCGACGGCGCUGACGACGGGGCGACCGCUGCGAUCGGCACGAGCAGCAAGUCGACCUCUUGCGCCAUCAGCGACGCGCGUGCCACCGUCGCGCGGACGUGCACUGAGCCUCAAUGACAUCAUCGCCGCGCGCAAGAUCGAUGUACCACUCUCUCUGACCGAUCAGCUCAAGCUGGCAGACUCGGUCAACAAGAAGCACAACGAAAAGACGCUGGCAAGAUACAAGAUCACCAAGGUGCAGAGGCCGUACGAGCGUCCUCCCAGUCCUGACCGCCACGAUCACGAACCAGAGGCGUGCACAAUCAUCGACGAUGUGAGCAACCAUCGUCAAGGCAAAGGCGACCUUGCGCCCUACUCGACACCCACGAAGAGCUCGACCAAUUCCGCUCGCGCCCCAGCAGACGGUCGCAAGAGCGUGCGGUGGUAUCGCCCACUCUUUGUUGGGAAAGGCGCUCAGUACGGCCUCCGAGCGUGCGAGUCAAAGCCUGCGCUUAAGCCGAUCCGGUACGAGCUGGAUAGGAUGGGAAACAAAAUGGCCACAGGCUGCUCGCCCAAACUCAGCAAGGGGCAGUCGAUCGUUAUCUAUCGCAACUAUUUCAAGGGCGAACCAGAGCCUGCUGACGACUAG